AUUGAAAUCCACAGCCAGCGCAUGCUGCCUGAAAAAGCUGACUCUUUUCUUCCUCUGGCUUUUUGUCUUCGCGUGACAAGAGGGCAGCAGUUGGACGUCUCUGCACUGAGCCGUCUUAUCGAGUUAUGAGUAGCGAGCCCAAACAUGGCACAGGUCUAGAGCAGCAGUUUGCUGAUCUAGGCUUGUCUGAUCAGAGAGACUCUCGCGGGAGUGGAGACAGACGAAACAAGUCUAGAGGUCAGAGAAACACCCUGGGAUACACAUCUUUUUACCAUGUCUGGCCCUGGAGUACAUGUUGGCCUGCCCUGCCUGGUCCUCUGAGUUACACUGUGACAUACUCUGUGUGACAUUGGCUCUUUGUCUGUGUGCUGUAGAAGGCUUACUACAUUCUUGUUUGUCUACUGUUUGUGUAUCGUGUUUAUAUGCACAGGUAUGUAGGUAUGUCUUGUUACAUUCACUAGUAGAGGGGUGGUGGUGGGCUAUUGGGAAAUGAGGUCAUGAAUAUUCAUCGAGUGAGCUGUUUUUAGGAAGUAUGUUGUAAUGUUGCUAUUUUUAGGUCGCUACGUUCCUCCUCAUUUGAGAGACAGUGUUGACAGUGGGCAGGGGGGCUACAAUGGACCCCCUGCUGGUGAGUUGCUCUCUGUUCACAUGAUUGCCAGUAAUACAGUGGAGCCUCUCCAUUCCGGACACCAAUUGGGGACAAAGAAAGUAGCAGUAAGGGAAGUACCUACCUCUUUGUUCCGCAGAUGUCGGUCCUCCUCCUCGUGACUAUGGCGGUGGAGGCGGUGGCUACGGGAGAAGACGCUCUGAAGACUUCGGUCACUAUGGCGGUGGUGGUGGUGGUGGUGGGGGGUAUGGACGAUGUUCACCCACGAAACAAGUUUAGCAUCCGUUUGUUUGUGGUGUUGUGUGUUGUCAGGUCUGACGGCUGGGGUCGCCCUCCGAUGGAGCGACAGUACUCCGAUUAUGGUGGAGGAGGUCGCCGUGGAUACGGGGGUGGGUGGAGCGGAGGGGGAGGGAGACGAGGAGGGGAGGGAGGCGGGAGGUGGGGAGGAGGGGGAGGGGGGAGAGGCCCCGAUUUGAUGGCAGUGUCCCCAGAGGAAUGGGGAAAACCUCUUCCUAGACAAGACAGAGUCGAAAUGGAGUUGUUUGGAGAUGCUAACACUGGGAUCAACUUUGACCGAUACGAGGACAUACCUGUGGAGGCCACCGGUGAAGGAUGCCCAAAAAACGUCACGAGUUUCGAAGACUGCGGAUUUCACGAAACUGUUCGAGAGAACAUCAGGAUGGCAAAGUACACGAGGCCGACACCAGUACAGAAGUAUGCCCUCCCCAUCAUUAUGGGGAAGAGAGAUCUCAUGGCGUGUGCCCAGACUGGGUCGGGGAAGACGGCGGCGUUCCUCCUCCCCGUCCUGUCCUUGGCGUGCUGCGGUGGACCACCACCCACCCCGCCUGACCCUCGAGGGUACGGUCGUCGCAAGCAGUAUCCAAUCUGCCUCAUCCUUGCCCCCACUCGAGAACUGGCCUCACAGAUCUACACCGAGGCCCGCAAGUUCUCCUACCGAUCCCGUGUCCGGCCAUGCGUGGUUUACGGGGGAGCUGACAUUGGGGCUCAGCUGCGGGACCUUGAGAAGGGCUGCCUCUUGCUAGUCGCCACUCCGGGGAGGCUCGUCGACGUACUGGAGAGGGGACGAGUCGGGCUGGAAAUUUGCCGAUACCUGAUUCUGGACGAGGCGGACCGGAUGCUGGACAUGGGGUUCGAGCCUCAGAUCAGGAGGAUUGUGGAGCAAGACACGAUGCCUCCCAUGGGAGAGAGGCAGACCAUGAUGUUCUCUGCCACCUUCCCCAAAGAGAUUCAGAUUCUGGCGAGGGAUUUCCUGGACAACUACAUCUUCCUGGCGGUGGGGAGGGUUGGCUCCACGAGUGAGAACAUCACACAGAAGGUUGUGUGGGUGGAGGAGAUGGACAAGCGAUCGUUCCUUCUCGAUCUCCUGCAGGCAGCUGGUGCAGGAAUAAACUUAAACAUCAUAUGCGCGUACUACCACAUACACUCCGGAUGCUCUGACUCUCAUAUUUGUGGAGACCAAAAGAGGAUGUGACGCGCUCGACGACUUCCUAUAUUCUCAGGUAUUGAACCCCUGUAAUCUGGAUACUAACUAGACAAAGAAAGUGGCUAUAUUAGAGGUGUAUGUGCUUAUUUUUGAUGACUGAAUACAAAGUUUCAUUUUUGACUCGUUUCACAGGGUUACCCCGUGACUUGUAUCCAUGGUGACCGUAGUCAAGCCGAUCGGGAAACUGCACUGCACAGUUUCAAGACGGGACGGACUCCUCUCCUGGUUGCCACGGCAGUUGCUGCCCGCGGCCUCGACAUCCCCCACGUGAAGCACGUCAUAAAUUUCGACAUCCCCAGCGACGUUGAAGAGUAUGUGCACAGGAUUGGGCGAACUGGGCGUGUCGGGAACCUGGGUCUGGCCACCUCCUUCUUCAACGAGAAGAACAGGAACAUCUGUCGCGAUCUUCUCACUCUCCUGACUGAGACCAAACAGGAGGUCCCCUCGUGGAUGGAGAGUCUGUCAUAUGAAGUGAAGCAGAUGCACCGAAGCAAGGGCAGCAGACGGUAUGGUGGAGGUGGUGGGUUUGGUGGGAAAGACUACCGCCAAUCUCGUGGAGGGGGAGGGGGAGGGGGAGGGGGAGGGGGAGGAUACCACCAUCAUCACUACGGAGGAGGGGGAGGAGGAGGGGGCGGGGGCGGGGCCAACGACUGGUGGAACUAG